AUCAGACUCUCUCCACAGAGACCUCUACAGACCAAACCAUGGCUCCUACAAUCACUGCAGCAUCCACCCAGGAUCAGCUGGUUCUCAGCCACAAGCUGAGGAAGCCUCUGGUGGAGAAGUUACGCAGAGAGAGAAUCAACAGCAGCAUCGAGCAGCUCAAGUCUCUCCUGGGUCCAGAGUUCCUCAAACAGCAGCCAGACUCCAAGCUGGAGAAAGCAGACAUCCUGGAGAUGACCGUCUGUGUCCUGACACGACUGCAGCAGCAGAACCAGAAGCAGAGAAGACUUCUGGACCACUUCAAUGAGCUCCAGUCUUCCUCUGAUCAGAACCAGAGAGAGGAGGACUUCUGUCCUCUGAGCACCAGGGUUCAGACCAGCAUCCACAGAGAUAAGAAUCCAGAGGAACACGAUCUCUGGAGGCCGUGGUGAACCUGUACUGACUAAAAACUGAAGCGACCACAUUGGUCAACCAUAAAGGAAAAAGAAUCCUGUGGACGUGUCCUGCUGUCUGCGCAGGACUUUCAUCCGUCUGUAAAGACGUGGACUUUUUUUUUCUUUUUACAAAAAGUAACUUCCUACUUAAGCCAGGAGCUUCGCUGAUGCAUGUUGCAUCCAAUUGUUUUUUAUUGCAUCAGCAAUAAUUUCUCAUUGUUUCACAAUGUGGUAAUUUGCAGCUUUUGCUACAUGGACAAUAUUAUAAUUAUUGAUAUAUGUGAUCAGAUGGACAUGUAAUAUCUGGGAUUAAUUAAUCCAAACAGAUCUGUUCUAAGAUCCAAAUCCUUUAAUUCUUAAAGGUUUGUUGCCUUCAUUAUGAACAUUUUACUGUGUUUAUAGUAAACCGGUGAUGUUUAUUAUCACUCGAUCGUUUUUUUUGAUCCAUUAUCCUAAAUGUUCCACUUUUGGAACAAUUCUUGAUGAUCACCGUGUGAUCAGUGAGAUGAUCUGUUAGAAAACUUAAACACAACUGGUGUCGGAGAACGCUGUGAUCUGUUUUCAGAUCGAACGGAAGAGCUCUGUUCAUUAUUUUGUUCAUUAGGUUCAGAACGUGACAUGACACUCAGCUCCAAGUGUCUUCUGUCUUUUAUAAAGACGCUGUUCUACUCUCUCGCUGUGUUGAUGCACCACCUCUAACUGGAGCUUUAGCUCUUCAUGUGCUUGGUUUUCUAAUAAAAAACAAGAAUUGCA